AUGGGUGAUUCAGAAUCAUGGGAUGAAGGAGAUGCAUCGAAAGCAUCUGAGCAACAAUCAACAGUAGUAACAACAACAACAGCGACAGCUCGUUUAGGACUUGGACGUGGAAAGGCACCACCUACGUCAAAUAAUGAUGAACCACCAGCACCAUCUUCAAACUGGAAUAGCAAUCGUAGUGGUGCGUCUGAAGGUUUUAGUAGUUUUCGUAGUAGUCACAAUGAUGAAAACAGUAAUCCAAUGAAUGGUGGUGGUGGAUUUGGUUCACGAGGUAGCCGCGGUGGUGGUUUUGGCUCACGAAAUAAUGAUAGUGGAGGUGGUGGUUUUAGUGGCCGAGGUGGACGUGGUGGAUUCGGCGGCGGCGGUGGCGGAGGAGGAUUUGGUUCAAACAAUAACGGCGAUUCUCGAGGAUGCUUUAAUUGUGGUCAAAGUGGCCAUAUGAGUCGAGAGUGUCCGGAACCACGAAAAGAAAAUCGUGGUGGCGGUGGUGGUGGUCGUGGCGGCGGCUUUAGUUCAGGUGGCAGUCGUGGUGGAUUUCAUUCCGGUGGUGGUGGUGAUCGUAAUAUUAAUUUCUCGUCAGGAUCGAAUGGUGGAUCUGAAUCUAUGUCUAUCACAGUUGGUAAUUCAAGAAAUCAAAAUAACAAUGAUCAAUAUGAUAACAAUGAUUCAAAACCAUCAUUUGGUAAUUGGCGAAAGUCUGCAACAAAUAAUAGUAAUGAUUCUGAAGAUGUCAAUAAUCGCUCAACAUUCGGUAACUCAGAAAGUCGUGGUGGCUUCAAUAGUGGAGGAGGAGGAGGCUUUCGAGGCGGUCGAGGCGGUGGUGGUGGUGGAUUUAGUUCAGGUGAUCGUGGUGGUCGUGGCGGUGAUGGCGGUGGUGGUGGUGGUAAUAGUGGAAAAUGUUACAAUUGUGAUCAAUUCGGUCAUCAAUCUCGUGAUUGUCCCGAAGAAAAAAAACCUCGUGAAGGUGGCAGUUCUAGCUUCUUUAGUGCCGGUGGUGGUGGUGGUGGUGGUGGUCGAAGAAAUGAUCGAGUGUCUGAUGAUAUUUUCGAUCAAGCGGGUGGUCGUGCUAAUGGUCAACCUAUGGAGCGUUAUAUUCCACCGCCUGCACCAACAUCAGAAGAUGAUAUUUUUGGUGAAGCAGUAGCAAAAGGUGAAAAUUUUGGAAAAUAUCAUCGAACACAAGUACAAUGUACACCUGAAGGCAAAUUCAAACCAAUAGAAUUAUAUGAAGAAGCUAAUCUUAGUACACAAAUAUUAUCUAAUAUUCGUCGUGCUCAUUUUGAAGAACCAACACCUAUUCAACGUUAUACUAUACCAUGUAUACAACAACGAGAUGACAUUAUGGCCUGUGCUCAAACUGGAUCUGGUAAAACAGCUGCUUUUCUUUUACCAAUUAUUUCCAAUUUACUUGAAUGUCAUUCGGAUGAAUUAAUGGAAAAAGCUCAUCCACCAGCACCUCUCUGCCUUAUUCUUUCACCUACACGUGAACUUGCUCUACAAACUGAACGUGAAGCGAGAAAAUUUUCAUAUCAAACUGCUGUGAUACCUUGUUCUGCUGUUGGUGGUCAUGAUAUGUAUACUGUUUCUGAUCGUCUUAAAGAAGGUUGUCAUAUCUUAUCAGCUACAACUGGCCGUCUUAAAGACAUGGUCGAAAAAGGACGAGUUUCAUUGAAACAAGUCAAAUAUUUUGUCCUUGAUGAAGCUGAUCGAAUGUUAGAUACAGGCUUUGAACCUGAUAUUCGUAAGCUAGAAGAACUUGGCUUACCAGCAAAAGACGAACGUUGUACAUCUAUGUUUUCUGCAACAUUUCCUGAUGAAGUACAAAAAUUAGCUAAAUACUUUCUACGUGAUAAUUAUAUAUUUCUUGCUGUUGGUACAUUGGGUGGUGCUAAUGAAGAUAUAGCACAAACAAUCGAAGAAGUUCGACAAGGCGAUAAAAAAGAUCGUCUUCUUCAAUUACUUGAACAAAAUCUCAAAGAUGAACGUUGUUUAAUAUUUGUUGAAACAAAACGACAAGCUGAUUAUAUAGGUGCAUUACUUUCACAAAAGAAAUUAAUGAGUACAACUAUGCAUGGUGAUCGAACACAAAGACAACGUACUGAAGCUGUACAACAGUUUACUAAUGGAAAAUGUCCUAUUCUUGUUGCAACAUCAGUUGCUGCUCGUGGUUUAGAUUUUCCUUUAAUUGGUUAUGUUGUUAAUUAUGAUUUACCUGAUUCAAGUGAUUUUUAUAUUCAUCGAAUUGGUCGAACAGGUCGAGCUGGUCAUUUAGGUAAAUCAAUAUCAUUUUUUGAUCCAGAACGUGAUUCUGAUCGCAGAAUUGCUCCUGAACUUAUAUUAAAAUUAGUUGAAGCUGGACAAGAAGUACCAGAAUUUCUUCAACAAUAUUCUGAAUCAAAUAGUGGUUUUAGUCGUGGUGGUUAUAGCGGUCGAAAUACUGAUAUGCGAUCGGGAGGAAAUAGUUUUGGUAAUCGAAAUCAAGCAGCUAAUGUGAGUGGUGGAACAGCUACUGCUGGUUCAGCUGCAGUUGAAGAAUGGGAUUAA